GAGAGGGAAAGAGAUACUCCUCCUAUAGAAACCACCCACUCGCCGCCCUUUUCUCCACCCUUCACCUGAUCCCUUCUUUCCCUCCUUUUUCUCUUCAACUUCCCCAUCGCUUACUAGGGUUUCUCCUCCUCCUCCUCCUCCUCCUCCUCCUCCUCCUGUCUCUCUCUCUCUCUAGGGCUUCACACAUCCAACCAUCCAAAAAAAUGAGCAAGAGCAGUAAAGAUCAGUUCGACAUAUCCGAUCUCGGCUCCGCCCUCCCCGCUGCCGCCGCUGCUCUUAGUGCUGAGGAUCGUGCUGGUCUUGUUAAUGCCCUAAAGGAUAAGCUUCAGAAUUUGGCUGGGGGGCACGCGGAUGUUCUUGAGUCCCUGACACUGAAGGUUCGGAAGCGAGUUGAGGUUCUGAGAGAGCUGCAGAGCCAGCACGAUGAGUUUGAGGCCAAGUUUUUUGAGGAGAGAGCAGCUCUGGAAGCUAAAUACCAGAAGCUUUAUGAACCACUGUACGCAAAGAGGUAUGAAAUUGUAAAUGGUGUUUUAGAAGUGGAAGGAGUUACAAAUGAAGCCACGAUGAACCAAGAGGAGGAUAAGGAAGCCGAAGAGAAAGGCGUUCCCAGUUUUUGGGUCACUGCAAUGAAGACUAACGAAGUAUUAGCUGAGGAGAUCUCAGAGCGUGAUGAAGAGGCCCUCAAAUAUCUUAAAGAUAUCAAGUGGUGCAGGAUUGAUGAUCCAAAGGGUUUUAAGCUUGAGUUCUUCUUUGAUCCCAAUCCCUUCUUCAAAAACUCAGUUCUGACAAAAACAUAUCACAUGAUUGAUGAUGAUGAACCUAUUCUAGAGAAAGCAAUUGGAACGGAGAUUGAAUGGUAUCCAGGUAAAUCCUUGACACAGAAGAUCCUUAAGAAGAAGCCAAAGAAGGGGUCAAAGAACGCAAAACCUAUCACAAAGACUGAAAAUUGCGAAAGUUUUUUCAACUUCUUCAGCCCUCCCCAGGUUCCGGAGAAUGAUGAUGAUAUCGAUGAAGAUGUUGCUGAUGAACUUCAGAGCCAAAUGGAGCAAGACUAUGACAUAGGUUCAACCAUCCGGGAUAAAAUUAUACCCCACGCUGUUUCGUGGUUUACGGGGGAGGCUGCUCAGGAUGAUGAAUUUGAAGACAUAGAGGAGGAUGAUGAUGAAGAUGAAGAAGGCGAUGAGGACGAAGAUGAGGAGGAUGAGGAUGAUGAUGAGGAGGAUGAAGACGAGGAUGAUGAUGGAGAGAAGGGAAAAAGCAGGAAAAAGAAGACUGGCAGAGCACAAGCAGCGGAAGGUCAGCCCGGGGAGCGCCCUCCAGAAUGCAAGCAACAGUAGCAGUAUCGGGUUGCAGACUGCAUCAAUAUUGGAACUGUGUGGGAAUGAUGUCAGUAGUGUCCUGAGUUCUUGAAAGUUUUGGAUCGUCGUUUUCUCCGUUUGUCUAUUAAAAUGACCUGGUUCCUUUUUUGUGGGCUUUUUUUGUGGGCUUUUUCUUACCUUACUAGAGAGCUCUUAUAAUUUGUUUGGUAUCCUGAUUUGUUGGGCCGCCUGUGUCGCGAAUUUCCAGUGAAACUAGUCUAGUAUAUUGUCUGCUUUGAUCUUUAA